CCCCGCCCCCUUACGCAGUGAAGUAGUACUAGUGAAGUACCAAUUUCAUAAGAACCUAGGACGUUUUAGAUCCAAAAUUAUGGCGGUUGCAGGCAGGCGAGUUCUUCUGCAGACACUUCGGGGCCGUUGCGGUCCCCUUGAAGGAUCCAGACCGUUGUGCACGAGCGGUGUCUGGCAGCAGAAGUUCAACGUUCCUCCCAGCGGGAACGACUUGCCCAGACCCGGCGGUAUCGCGUCCAUGAUGCGUCUACCCGUCCAGAAGGAUACACAAGGUCUGGAUGCCUGCUUUGUGGGGAUCCCACUGGACAUCGGUACAUCCAACCGGUCAGGAACCAGAUUUGGACCAAGACAGAUUCGCACCGAGUCGGUCAUGCUCAGACCUUACAACAACUGGACAGGUGCAGCACCGUUCGACUCCCUCCAAGUUGCGGAUAUCGGAGACGUCUUCAUCAACAUGUACGACUUGAAGGACGCCGUGAAGAAGAUCCGAGAGGCUUACGCCAAGAUUGUGGCAAAUGGGUGCAAGCCCCUGACCCUGGGGGGUGACCAUACUCUUACCUACCCCAUCUUACAGGCCAUUAAGGCCAAGUAUGGUCCUGUUGGCUUAGUACAUGUUGAUGCCCACGCUGACACCAGCGACACACAGCUCGGAGAAAAAGUCGCCCACGGCACGCCCUUCCGCAGGGCGGUGGAGGACGGCCUCCUAGACUGCCGACGCGUUUUACAGAUAGGGCUGAGAGGCACGGGGAAUUCCAGUGAUGAUUAUGGGUGGAGCAGGCAACAGGGUUUCCGAGUGGUUCAGGCAGAAGAGAUCUGGUACAAGUCUCUGGCACCACUGAUGGAGGAGGUUCGUGCACAGAUGGGGACUGGGCCUGUCUACCUGAGCUUUGACAUCGACGCCCUGGACCCUGCCUACGCCCCCGGGACAGGAACACCUGAGAUAGGCGGUCUGACGUCCCACCAGGGUCUGGAGAUCAUCAGGGGAUGUCGGGGGCUGAACUUGGUGGGAGGGGACUUGGUAGAGGUUUCCCCAGCUUAUGACCCGUCCGGUAACACAGCGCUGACUGCAGCUAACCUGCUGUUUGAGAUGCUGUGUGUCCUGCCUGGUGUCCAGUACAGACGGGACUGAUUCACAUACAUGUAUGCUUCGUUUUUGUACUACGUACUUGUUGUGUCAAAAUCUUCUUGUUAUGUCAAAAAAGGCGUAUGUCAAAAAAUCUCUGGUGCUAAUAUUCUCGUUGGAGUGAAUGGAACUGAAAAUGUGUACAAAAAAGGAUGAAAAUACUUCUUUUCGUUUUCUUAUCAGUGAAUAGUUCCAAUUGUUUUCUGUCAAUGCUUUUGUCAAAUCUUUUAUGUAAUGGACUGGAAGAAAUAGGCUGAGGGUUGGGUGGUUUAACUAUUCAAUUAAUGACUGGUAGGGUUAGGGUUAGGGUUAGGGUUAGGGUUAGGUGAGUACAGUAUUCCUCUGGUGAUUUAUCAUGCAUACUCAUACAGUGCAGAUUUGGAAUAUUAAAGAUGUAUUUGGCUUCACUCCUUGAGGUAUGGUAGUACGUUUGUACUUGUACCAUAUUACCAUCAGCAAAUAAAAUGUCACAAAGCAAGA